AUGGUAAAUCAAGAAGGAAGAGUUCACUGCAGUCUUGUCCUGGGAAAGGCUAGAGUAGCUCCUUUACGCCCAAUCACCAUACCACGACUCGAACUCACAGCUGCGGUGCUAUCUGCGAAUAUGAGUGCUGUUGUCAGGAGAGAGCUGACUUACAAGAUAGACUCUGAGACUUUCUGGACUGAUAGUACUGUAGUCCUAGGGUAUAUACAGAACGAUGCAAAACGCUUCCACGUCUAUGUCGCGAAUAGAAUCCAACAGAUUCGGGACAAGAGCAAGUCGAACCAGUGGAGACACGUUAAAGGCGAGAAUAACCCAGCAGAUGAAGGUUCCAGGGGAGUAACUGCGACGAGAUUUGUACAGCCUGAGAUGACAAAAUGGUUGACCGGACCUGCCUUCCUUUGGGAGACCAAACUGCCAGACGCAUCUGACAUUGAGAGUGCACUAUCACCCAAGGACCCUGAGGUGAAAAGUGUUGCCCUGGUCACCAAAGUCACCAAAACAGAACCAGGCCUCAUACCAGAUCGCCUGACACGUUUCUCUUCCUGGAGCAAAGCUAAGACUUCGAUUGCCACCUGUCUUCAGUAUAAACGCCGUUUGAGGGACAAAGCCAAUGGAGCACAGCUGAAACCCAAGACACUUGACACAUCCGAUCUAAAAGAGGCUGAGACGGAGAUCGUGAAAAGGAUACAAGCCCUGGCUUUCGGAGAAGAGAUUGAGACAUUGAAGCAGUUGAGACGUACAAAGGACAAUGUCACAACCAAGAAAAAUGCCAUCGAUAGGAAGCCAGUCUUGAAGGACAACUCGAGAUUGCGUAAGCUGGACCCCUGCCUGGAUGGAGAUGACGUACUACGAGUGGGUGGACGGAUUAGGAGGGCUGACUUCCCGAAUGAGGUAAAACAUCCUGCGGUCUUGCCUAGAGACAAUCAUGUAACAACCCUGGUCAUACGGCACUUCCAUGAGGCCCAGGGACACACAGGACGUGGGAUGACGGUAAAUGCUAUCAGGUUGGCUGGGUUUUGGAUUCUCGGAUGUCGACGUGCUGUGGCAAGCUAUAUACAUACCUGCGUCGGUUGCAGAAAAUUACGACGUGCGUUGCAAGGGCAGAAGAUGGCGGACCUCCCAACCGAUCGACUAGAACCAGCGCCCCCCUUUACUCAUUGCGGUGUAGAUGUUUUCGGGCCUUGGACCAUCAAAGAGGGCAGAAAGGAGAUUAAGCGAUGGGGAGUACUGUACACCUGUCUUGGAAUGAGGGCAAUACACGUUGAGACGCUUAAUUCCAUGUCCACAGACUCCUUUAUCAACUCGUUGAGACGCUUGAUAGCUGUCCGCGGCGCUGUACAACUUAUUAGGUGUGAUAACGGUACCAACUUCGUAGGAGCGAAAAACGAAUUAGAGCAGGCCUGGUCAAAAAUGGAUUUUGACCAAAUACGGAAAUACUUGCUGAAAGAAGAAUGUGAUCUUGAUUUCCGGAUGAAUGUUCCCCGGGCUAGCCAUCACGGAGGAGUCUGGGAACGCCAGAUACGCUCAGUACGCAACGUUUUGGCAGGGAUGCUGUUACAUGAAGGAACACAGCUGGAUGAUGAGUCACUACGCACUCUAUUGUAUGAGGUGAUGGCCAUCGUCAAUGGGCGCCCUCUCACUACAGACAAUCUUUACGAUCCUACCUCACUGCAGCCGUUAGUACCAAAUCAGUUAUUGACCAUGAAAUCUCGGGUGAUCAUUCCACCACCAGGCACCUUUCCACGAGAGGACCUACUUCUAAAGAAAAGGUGGCGCCGCGUGCAACAUCUUGCAAAUCGCUUCUGGUGCCAGUGGCGAAAGGAGUAUGUCAAUAACCUGCAAGAACGGCCAAAAUGGAAUCAGGACGUGCGCAAUCUCAAAGUCGGUGACAUCGUCAUCAUGAAAGAUGAUGAGCUACCUCGCAAUCUCUGGAGGCUAUGUAGAGUAGCAGCUGUCGUGGUGGACGAGGACGGUCAUGUCCGUAAAGUCCGUCUUGCUGUAGGAGAUCGCGCUCUGGACAAAAAUGGAAAACGUAUUCAAGCCACCACUUAUUUUGAAAGACCUGUACAGAAGGUUGUGCUGAUUUGUGAAGGAGACUAG